AGGUGGAUAGGAGAUUUUUCCACCUUUGAUCUCACACUGUCCUGUUCAGCUGAGUGGAAUACAAAGUGAGGCUACCAGAAAACAAGCGUUUUACCUCCGCCGCGCCACCGACGGGGGAGAAGCACUGAGCGAGACCGACAGACUGUCACUGGCAAAAUGAACUGUCACCUCCCAUUUUUCAGAGGCGCGGAGGGAUGAAUUGCGGCUUUGAACCGCUUGGCCCGUGGUUGAUUGAGUUCCGCUGUCUUCGAACCUCGGCGAACAAGAAGUUGAAGAUUAUCUGGAAAACCUACAGAGUGAGAACCUUAGUGCUAGAGCACGGAUACAGAGAGAUGAAAUCCUGUUUGAUAUUGAACAACUUAAAGAGAGGUAUCAGUGGGGAUUCCUACCAGGAGGGGAAAAGAAGAGAGAGAAAGAAAAAGUCAUUCAUAAAAGAUGAGAACAAUAUACAGAAGGCUAUUGAAGAUCAAGGAAUCGUUUUAAAACAAGGCUAUUUGGAAAAGAGAGCUAAAGACUCCAAAAUCUUUGGUUCUGAGUGGCAAAGGAGAUGGUGUGUUCUUGACAAUACAGCUUUCUACUAUUAUGCAAAUGAAAAAAGCAAACAACCAAAAGGCAUGUUUGCUAUUGAGAACUAUCAUGCUCAGUUGGCUCCCUAUCUGCGCAAGGAUUCCCGAAGAGAUUGCUGCUUUGAACUGACUUCUCCUGGUAAACGAACCUAUGAGUUCACAGCUGCUAAUCCUGCAGAAGCUACAGACUGGGUGGAUCAUAUCACAUUUCUGCUGAAAGAUAUGAACUCCUUCAUUAUCCCCUGUGAGGAAGAAGAGGAGGAGGAGGAAGAAGAGGAAGAAGAAGAAGAGAAAGAAAAGGACUACCAUAACACUGAUAAAGAAGAGGCCUAUGAUGACAUAGAGAGUUUUGAUACCCCAAGUGUAACAUUUAAUCAGGAUUCCACUUUGGACCUGGAAAAAGAGGAGACCAUGAUGCAGGGCAAAGAGGGCAUUUAUGAAGUUCUUCCAGAUGAGGACUUCAACAUGUUUGCUCAGGAUGACAGGGAAAAUGCUGGAAAUAAAGGAUUCAUAAGGUGUUAUGCAAAUUAUUAUCAAAGCCCAUGGGACUGCACAGGGGCCCACCCAGAUGAACUUUCCUUUCAAAGGGGAGAUUUGAUAUACAUUAUUAGUAAGGAAUAUAACAUGUACGGUUGGUGGGUCGGAGAGCUGAACAAUGUGGUAGGAAUUGUUCCAAGUAACCAUCUCAUGCCUGCCUAUGAUUUGGAAGAAUGAGGAACAGCAGAACAAGAUUAUGUGCAUUUCUCUUUCCAUCUCUUUGCUUUGUCAUCACAAUGAAGAUAAUUCCUGGGACCUCUUGGCUAUUCACAAGAAACAGAUGCACACCUGCAGAAGUUGAAUCCAUCAAUCCUUUGUCCCCCUUUAUAUGAAAAUAUAGCGCUUUUGUCCCUUAAA